AUGGCUCCUAAGAAAAAAUUCACAUAUACAAGAAAGAAGCAAACAUUGUCUAAAAAAAAAACAUCCGUUAAAAAAGCAACUCCUAUUAGAAAAAAAACUCUUGUUAGAAAAGAAGCUCCAGUUAAAGAAGCAGCUUCAGUUAGAGAAGCAGCUCCUGUUAGAACUCGGAGAUGUUCUUCUAUUA